UCCAAGAUCCGAGAACCGCAAGUAGCUUGGGCCCAGUAGCUCAGUAGUGUUCACCUUCUCUUGGCAUUAAUAACGACUACAGAAAACAAACAAAAUGGCUGACAAAGAGAAGGUAAAGAAGAAGAAGGUAAAGAAGGAAGAACCAAAAGAAUCCGCACCAGCGGAAGAAGUACCACCACCAGCACCAGUCGCUGAACCCGAAGCACCUCCUUCUCAUUCCAGCACAAAACACAGCAGCCGUAAAAGUUCAUCCAAGAAAGUCCGAAGGUCUGGCAGUAAUGUGUUCUCUAUGUUCACAACCCAACAAGUGGCCGAAUUCAAAGAGGGUUUCUCGAUGAUGGACUGGGAUAAAGAUGGCAUUUUAGGCAAAGAGGACUUGAGAGCCACUUGGGACAAAGUGGGCAAACUAGUUACAGACCCAGAACUCGAAGCUAUGUUAAGCGAAGCUUCUGGCCCAGUUAACUUCACCCAACUGUUGACCUUAUUCGCAGCUAGAAUGUCUGAUGGAGGCCAAACCGACGAUGAUGAGACUGUUAUUGCUGCCAUCAAGUCGUUCGAUGUCGAUGGUAAAAUCGACAGUGACAAGCUGAGGUAUGGUCUAUUGAACUGGGGUGACAAAUUCUCGGCCCAAGAAGUCAAAGAUGCUUUUGACAACAUGGAAAUUGACAAAAAAGGAAUGAUCGACACCGAAGACCUUAUCUCCAUGGUUUUGGGAUCUGGUGACGACGAAUAAUUUGUAUUUAUUUUAAAUCAAUAACCAGUUUUUAAUUUAUUUAUAUCCCUGAUUUUGCCCAACUUGUGUAUCAAUUGGUAGAUCACAAAUGAAAAGUUUGAUGAAAGUUAUUAUCGAAAUAAAAAGGAAAUCCUCUCUAUACAUAA